CAACAUUCGUCCAUCAUGGAAAUCAUGAUAUUGACAUAAAACUCUUUGAUACAAUACCAAAGUGAAAAACAAUAGUUCGUAAAACACGGAUGUUGCUAUCGAAAAUUUGCAAUUCACAAUAACAAAUGAAAAUCACGUUAAUCUUAUAGUUUUGAAGUAGGCUGUCAAUGUUAUUGAAACAUAUUAUGUAAGUCUCCGAACUUUAACAUCACUUCAAAAUGAACAAGCAGAACUUACAACAUAUAAUAUGCAGAUACAGUAGUAAACAAUAAUUAAUGGACAUGCUGGCAUUCCGGAUCUGGAGGUUAAUCAUGUAAACGCGACAAGCUCUGGACGUAGUAACAGCCACACGUAUAACGUUCACACAAACUCAUACACGUGCAUUGAUCAACAGAACCGCAAUUGACGUAGACGAUGUUAUAAUUCAAGUGAUAGACGGAUAUAACAUCCUCAAAUGACACAGCUGUUUGCUAGUUCUUGGAAUAUAUCAAUUAUGUAACAAAAGCUCUGAAGCGUGAACACUGUAUCUUUAUUGUGCUGUAUUUCAGAAACCCCUGAAAUCAAAAAUGACUACCAAGCCGUAUGAUGACCCCGUCAUUCCACAGUAUUGGGACCAGCCAAUCCUUCGCCACCUUACUAAGCUACAGGACAUGUCUAACGUCCAAGGAGUUUCGAACGAUAUCCAGACACAGAUUCAGAUCUGUAUAGAUUGUAUCAAAGCAAGGGAGGACUACUGUGAUGACAUCACGUCCCUAUCAAGCACUGCUAUUGAGAAUCUGGUAUACCAGACAAACCAACAAAACUGGCAGCAGGUGUACGACCGUGGCGACAUCCAGUGGAAGGUGGGACCAGGCAUGCUUACAGGAGAAUUGGAGGGGAACUUCUUAAAAACGCUUGUCAGUAUGUCAAAUGCCAAGAGAGUUCUUGAAGUUGGCCUGUUCACUGGAAAUAGUGCUCUUGCAAUGGCAGAGGCACUUCCGGUUGACGGAAAGGUGGUUGCGUUGGAGAUAUCGGAAUACAUUGGGAAAUUUGCGCGAAAGCUGAUGGAUGAAUCACCUCAUGGAAAGAAGAUUGAUAUACAAAUAGGCCCAGCUAAAGAUAACAUGGAGAAGCUCGCACAAGAAGGACACCAGUUUGACAUAGUGUUUAUUGACGCCAAUAAGGAGGGAUACAUGGACUACUAUAAAAUCAUCAUGGAUAACAACAUGCUUAGCCCUCGUGGCACUAUUCUGAUUGACAACGCGCUACAUGGGGGCAUGGCGUACUUGUCCCCUGAAAACGCCCUUCUCCCAGGGAUGGAAGCGGUCAACAUGGUAAUAACAAAAUUCAACGAGUAUGUCUACAACGACGACAGGGUCAGCCAGGUGAUGAUUCCUAUACGAGAUGGCGUAUUGGCGAUCAGGAGGAAAGAUGAAUUUGAGGGGGAAAUGUAAACUUUUCUCUGUCAUGGCGAUCAAGAGAAUGAUGUUGCAUACGAAAUGCUUCUGUAUAAUGUACACGUGUGAUUAAAAAAAUUAUAGGCAGAAAGUGUUCCUAUUGAUAAUGAUGUAGUAAUACACUAAUUAAUAGAUGAUAAGUUUUCAUAUUGGUACUGGUGUAGUAAUAGGUAAAAUAAUAGACAUAUAAAUGUUUCUUUUGGUACUGGGGUAGUAAUACAUAAAAUUAUAGAUAGUAAGUGUUCCUAUAUGAACUGGGGUAGUAAUUGGUAAAAUAGUGAAUGUAUAAGUGUUCCUUUGGUACUGGUGUAACAAUAGGAAAAAUUAUAGAUGUAUAAGUGUUCGUUUUGAUUCUGGUGUAGUACUUGUUAUUGGUAAAAUAAUAUAUGUGUAAGUGUUCCUAUUAGUUCCGGUGUAGUAAUAGGUAAAACAAUAGAUGUAUAAGUGUUCCUAUUGGUUCUGGUGUAGUAAUAGGUAAAAUAAUAGAUGUAUAAGUGUUCCUAUUGGUUCUGGUGUAGUAAUAGGUAAAACAAUAGAUGUAUAAGUGUUCCUAUUGGUUCUGGUGUAGUAAUAGGUAAAAUAAUAGAUGUAUAAGUGUUCCUAUUGGUUCUGGUGUAGUAAUAGGUAAAACAAUAGAUGUAUAAGUGUUCCUAUUGGUUCUGGUGUAGUAAUAGGUAAAAUAAUAGAUGUAUAAGUGUUCCUAUUGGUUCUGGUGUAGUAAUAGGUAAAAUAAUAGAUGUAUAAGUGUUCCUAUUGGUUCUGGUGUAGUAAUAGGUAAAAUAAUAGAUGUAUAAGUGUUCCUAUUGGUUCUGGUGUAGUAAUAGGUAAAAUAAUAGAUGUAUAAGUGUUCGUUUUGAUUCUAGUGUAGUAAUAGGUAAAAUGAUAGAUAUAUAAGUGUUCCUAUUGGUUCUGGUGUAGUAAUAGGUAAAAUAAUAGAUGUAUAAGUGUUCGUUUUAAUUCUGGUGUAGUAAUAGGUAAAAUAAUAGAUGUAUAAGUGUUCCUAUUGGUUCUGGUGUAGUAAUAGGUAAAAUAAUAGAUGUAUAAGUGUUCGUUUUGAUUCUAGUGUAGUAAUAGGUAAAAUAAUAGAUAUAUAAGUGUUCCUAUUAGUUCUGGUGUAGUAAUAGGUAAAACAGUAGAUGUAUAAGUGUUCCUAUUAGUUCUGGUGUAGUAACAGGUAAAAUAAUAGAUGUAUAAGUGUUCGUUUUAAUUCUGGUGUAGUAACAGGUAAAAUAAUAGAUGUAUAAGUGUUCGUUUUAAUUCUGGUGUAGUAACAGGUAAAAUAAUAGAUGUAUAAGUGUUCGUUUUAAUUCUGGUGUAGUAAUAGGUAAAAAAGUAGAUGUAUAAGUGUUCCUAUUAGUUCUGGUGUAGUAAUAGGUAAAACAAUAGAUGUAUAAGUGUUCCUAUUGGUUCUGGUGUAGUAAUAGGUAAAACAAUAGAUGUAUAAGUGUUCCUAUUUGUUCUGGUGUAGUAAUAGGUAAAACAAUAGAUGUAUAAGUGUUCGUUUUAAUUCUGGUGUAGUAACAGGUAAAAUAAUAGAUGUAUAAGUGUUCGUUUUAAUUCUGGUGUAGUAACAGGUAAAAUAAUAGAUGUAUAAGUGUUCGUUUUAAUUCUGGUGUAGUAACAGGUAAAAUAAUAGAUGUAUAAGUGUUCGUUUUAAUUCUGGUGUAGUAACAGGUAAAAUAAUAGAUGUAUAAGUGUUCGUUUUAAUUCUGGUGUAGUAACAGGUAAAAUAAUAGAUGUAUAAGUGUUCGUUUUAAUUCUGGUGUAGUAAUAGGUAAAACAAUAGAUGUAUAAGUGUUCCUAUUGGUUCUGGUGUAGUAAUAGGUAAAAAAGUAGAUGUAUAAGUGUUCCUAUUAGUUCUGGUGUAGUAAUAGGUAAAACAAUAGAUGUAUAAGUGUUCCUAUUGGUUCUGGUGUAGUAAUAGGUAAAACAAUAGAUGUAUAAGUGUUCCUAUUGGUUCUGGUGUAGUAAUAGGUAAAACAAUAUAUGUGUAAGUGUUCCUAUUGGUUCUGGUGUAGUAAUAGGUAAAAUAAUAGAUGUAUAAGUGUUCCUAUUAGUUCUGGUGUAGUAAUAGGUAAAACAAUAGAUGUAUAAGUGUUCCUAUUAGUUCUGGUGUAGUAAUAGGUAAAACAAUAGAUGUAUAAGUGUUCCUAUUGGUUCUGGUGUAGUAAUAGGUAAAAUAAUAGAUGUAUAAGUGUUCGUUUUGAUUCUGGUGUAGUACAUGUUAUUGGUAAAAUAAUAUAUGUGUAAGUGUUCCUAUUAGUUCUGGUGUAGUAAUAGGUAAAAUAAUAGAAUAAUAGAAAUAUUCUUUCAUUUAUCUUCUACUACAAUAAGGUGGGUGUUAUUCAACCCUGAAAGCAUGAAAUAUACAUCAAAACAGUAUGUACCACAAUUAGAAUGAACUCUGAACGUGUUUCGAUUUGUUGAUACGGUGACCUUUGACGGGAACUAUUUUUAAUCACGUACACUGUAAUUUAAUGAGUUGUGAUUGGCUAACACCUGGAGGGCCACUUCACGGAGUCGCAGAAAGGAUUAUUUAUUUUGAUAUAGAUUUCUAUCAAAGUGUUGCUUUGAAAAAAUAUACUUGCUAAUUAUUUGUUUUGAUUAACAAUAAAUUGUAACAUAUGUA